AUGCCACCACGCAGAAAAGAGAUUCGAAAGCAGCGCGAGCCAGAAUCGUUCGAGUCAUGUAUGGAUGCAGGUGUUGAUCAAGAUGAGCGUGGAGAGCGCUUCAGCGUGGGAGCCAAGGCUGAACGGCAUUAUGUCAAAGCACUUUCUUUAUAUCAACAGGCAGCUCAGUUUCGACCAUCGUCGGUCGAUGCAUGGUACAACGCGGCACGCGUGCAGUAUGUGCUCGGCACCCAAUUUCACCUACCACCUGAUGCACUUGUCACGCUCAUCGAGUCUUGCCAACUGUAUGUCGAGGCACUUGAACGAGCGCCGAUGCCAUCUGAUGGCAUUCCCUCAGCAUCGCGACUGGAUGUCUUGUCCAAUGGUGGCUAUGCGUUGCAGGCCUUGGCAGAAUUCAUCGAUGAAUGGGGUACUAUAGAGAUGGAUGCAGCUUGUAUUAUAACGGCCGAGCGUGCUGGGAUCAAGCUUCGUACGACCCUGCCUACAUCGCUUUAUAUGGCUGCGGCAAUGUGGUUUGAGCAGGUCAUUCAAGGGCAAGAGCUCGUCCUGCAGCAGGCUUUAGUAUCCAUCACGGAUCCCAACGCUGCGCACAUGAAAGGACCGAUCAUUGGUGAUGAUAAGGACGACGAUGCGGCAGAAUAUACGACAUCCCUUGUAUCACCAUCCUCUUUGCUUGAAUCGUUGUGUGAUGAAGUCAAUGUGUACUUGGCUAUAUUGCCACAGACUCAUGACUCCCAUGAACUAGAAAGUGUGCUUAGUAUGGCCCGCACCGGUUUAGAACGUGCUGAACAGUACGUGCAGUCCCUGCCUCCUGGAUACGGUGCAUCACAAAGCCCCACGAACGAGUGGGACGAACAAAUUCGUUCGUUGGAUAUGGCAGCACUCGGGAUGCAGGUCAUGGCGAUGGAGCAGGCCGCAGAAUGGGGCGCCUGGCCGCAGCUCGCCGAUCUAGAGGCCCUAGAAACAUCUAUCCAGGAACGUGCGGCUGCUCUUCUCGCUGAACCUCCGCCUUCGCAGUCCCUCACAGCCGUACGUCUUGGUGCAGAAGCUGAGGCACGUGUACAACGAUACGAAGAAAAUGUAUCGCGCCUCUGUGAUCUGGGUGAUUAUGCACACGACCUCGCUCGCUUGCGUAUCAAAUUGCUCGCGUCCCACGUUGACGCUGUAUCGGCAGAGCAUGCAUGGAGUCUGUGCACUUGCGCGUCCAAGUGUGUCCGUGCUGCUGUGGCAGCUCUAGAAACACCUGGAUCCGCAUCGGUGGCGCGCAACUUGCAAGGUGAGAAAACUUGGGUGCCCAGAGAUACACAAACGACACAUGUGGCACCUGCUACAAAUACAUCAACUAGUGUAACGCGACACCGCGCAUCAAUGUACAUGGAGCUGUCGCGCAUUUCUCUGACACGGUGCCAUGAAGUGCUGGUAGCCAAAUACGCGCCUGCCGCCGAGGCAAAGGGCCAACUUCUAGAUCAUGCACGGAUCUAUGCUCGCAAAGCGCUGGCUGAUGAGGGAUUGGCAUGGAUUUGUCAAAUUCAUCAGCUGCCAAUGCAGCCCGGAUGCGUUUGUGGCGGUGCCUUGAUGCACGCGCCAGCCAAUGGUGGAAGUGAAAGCCUCGCACAAGAUGCCAAUGUAUUAUGGCAAUAUGUACGUGCACUAUGGAUGCGUGGAGCCACCAAGAGGACUCCUGAAGGUGAACAGGAGCUGCGUGUAGCAUUAGCAGCUAUAUGGUCUCUCUCUCUCUCAUCGGAUGCUUACCACUUAGUGUUGGCCGAUGCCAAACAUCUACAAGAUAUGCUAGAUAACACUGCUGCGGUUCUGAGCGAUGACGAACGCGUCUUUUGGGAUACUGUGUGGACGCAUGUCAUGACAUCCAUGGAGUAUGACCCUUUUAUUUCACAUCCCCUUUACGAAUGA